CCCAGCGCCCCCUGGUGUGUUUACAUCCCGUGUUUACAUCACAGAGGACCCUUCGCAUGUUGUGGCCACCCCACUUAUCUUACGCUGAGUGUCCAGGCCUGGAUCAUGUUAUCACCAGAUGUUCCGGAGUUUGUCCCCAGAGGAUGCCAGACUCCUGAUUCCACAAACAUGGUUAACAUUGAGCCAAAGGAAAACACCAGUCAUGCUCAGCUCACCAAGUCCUCAGCUGGCACACACAAGCCAUCCAGUGCAGGACCCAACCCUUCUGUUCCCAAGAGUUCUCCUUUGCGAGGGGAGCGAGGAGUAGCAUCUGGUUCACGGGCACCAAAUGAUUCAUGGAGGCGGCCAAAAGAGGUGUUUGGUGAUCAGAGGGACAGUCAGACACAAGACCUUACUAGACAUGAGAGUGGCAUUGAAAUGAACCAAGGUGAAAGGCACACUCCACAGCGAGGCAAAGGGAAACCAAGACCAGUCGCUGAGAACCUUGAAUUACACAUCAGGAAUAAAUUCACAACACCCAAGCCGUCUUACAGCUAUACGAAGAUACUGAAGAGCAAACAACCUGUAAAUAGUGCAAGUGUACCUGAAGCAAAGUCAGUCAAACAAGAUUUCUCCUUCAGCAAUGACAGUCACUGGCCAACACUGGGUGAGUCAUUACCUCUCUACAAGACCCCUGAGAAAAACAGCAAACCAUCUGAAACAGAAAAGAGAGAUAGUAAUCCUUGGGUUAAAAAGAGCAAUGAAAGUUCCCCAACAAAAUUUUUCACAAAAAAUCCAUGGCAAGACAGAGGAAUGGCAGAGCAGACAGCAGAUGCUUUUAUGAGGCCCAAAACUACAGAAACAAGUUCCCCUUUGAAAUCUCAAAGAAAAAAUCCAAAGACAUGGCAAGAAAGGAGUACAUCAGAACACAAUGGAGAUGCACCUGUGAGGCCAAAAAGUACAGACUCUUCCACAAAGAGAUCUAGAAACAUCCCUGGACACGCAUGGCAAGAAAGAAGUACAUCAGAACAAUCUGCCAGUGACUCUGUAAGGUCACGGAUUGCAGACGGAAACUCUAAGACCCCUGAAAAUUGUGUCAAGACAAAACCGUCAUCUCACACUCAACGAAAAAAAGUAGAAACAGAUUCCCAUGAUGAUAACAGUGCACCAGAAAGUAAAGAGUCAAACCUUCCUAAAGACAAGAUUAAUGAGUAUGAUAGAGAACUAAGAAGCCAGAAGAGUUAUGCAAAAACUGCCAUGAACACUGAGUUCAAAGAAACUCAUGGGAUACAAAACCAGGAGGAGGCCACUCAAGCCACCAAGCAAAACUCCACACAUAAUGACUCAGAUCUUUUCCAGUGGCAGGUAAUAGGAGAAAAGAAAAAUAAAGUAAAAAAACCCAGAAUUAAACCUGAAGAGGAGUUAGAAGGCUCUCCUCAGUUUCCGAAACUUGUUAGAGGUGAUGGUAACAAGCAUGGUAGAGUCCUGCCAGACAAGCCAUCCCAGAAUGAUAGGACAAAAGAGAACCAAGAGAAUAUCAGCAAAAAGAAAUAUGUGGUGGAUUUGUCAAAAACUAAAGGUGCAAAUUCCACAUCCACACAGGAGAUAUCUGAAGGUGCAGUUAGGAAAGACACAAAGGCACUCAGACCAAGUCAGAAGGAAAAGAAAAAGCCAAGGCCAACAAGAGUGACGAGUCUGGCAAACUGCAGUAGUGAUAAAAAGGAAAUAAGAACUAAUCCAAAAGCAGCUACCACCUCCACCAGCACCACCACAGCAACAGCAUCAGCAGCAGCAAAGCCUCUAAGUGAAGAAGCCUUACAGAAGAAGCUGGCUUUUAAACUUAUGAAAAAGGAAGAGAAGAUAAAGAAGAGAGAAAUGAAGUGUCUCCAAGCCCGCAUGGCAUCUAGGGACACAAAGGUUUCAGUCAUAUCAUCAGUGUUCCUGGAGAAGACACAGGCAACAAGCAAGGCAUCAACACGACCUUCCUCCCAAAUUAACUUAACCUUAGAGGAAUACCCAUCGUUACAAAUGCAAAGAAAGGUGACUAAGAGAGACAUCCCUCAAGCUCACACAAGCCUUCCAUCACACACAGACACUCACCGAGACUCACCAUCAAGCCUUCCACCACGCACCAGUGACCCCCAGGCCUCACCAAGCCUUCAGACGACCACUGAUGUCUCACAGAGCUCAGAAAACAAACCUACUGCCAGGGUCACCACGUCAUCACAAAAAGUACGACUAAAGGGUGAUGACUUGCUCUCAGGCCUUCUACCAGUAAAUGCCAGUGAUGAUGAUAAUGAUGAUGGUUUAGAGGAGUCUGCGGUUACCUACAGGAAAGCUCUUCUCUCGGCAAAAGCCAAAAAGGUGACAAAGCAGGACACAAGACACAGUGAGCCUUCAGCCAACACCCGGGUGGAUGCAGCACCUCCAAAGAAGCAAAUCAGAACCAAAGAUCCACUGAUGCUCAACCUCCAAGCCCUCGCUGCAAAGUGUAGGAAGAAUAAGAAGAGAGAGGCAGCUUAUUUAGAGGAGAAAUAUUCACCUACCAAGAGGAAGGAUGAUAGAGAGGAUGAAUUUCCUUCUAGAAAACCAGGGACUGCUGCCCUACCCAAGGUGGCAGGAGUUGUAGCAAAGCGAGGCAAGAUAAAUGCAAAGAAACCAAAGAAGAAAAAGAUAUCCCGUGUGAUGAAAUGCAAGAUAGAGAAGCGGCAGCGGGAGACACUGGCGCUGCAGCUGUUACUUGCACAGGCUAAUGCCAGACAACAAGAGCAACAACAGGAAGUUUUAGAACCAUUAUCUACAACAAAUAAUGAGAAUGAGAACUCCACAGUGAUAAAAGAUGCUGUAGCAGACUGUGAUACAAAUGAACCACCUUGUACCACAACAGAAAAUGAGACAAGACUGGAAAAUAAAACCCAAGAAUCUGUUGAAGCAAAAAGCAUGGAGGGAGAUGAUGCGACAAAUUCACUCAACAGUGCCACUAAAACAGAGACAGACAAGGAGGAAGGUGAGAGAAGGCCAGGUAAAGACAAGGACAAAGAAAAACAAGAAUCUGACCAAGAAAAGAGUGACGGGAGAAAUGAAGAUUAUGAUGAAAACAAAGAAAAUAAAAACUCCAAUAAAACAUCACCAAAUAUAAAGCCCCAAGUAAUGAAGGCUCCAGAAGGUGAUGAUAAAUCUAAAAUCAUAUGGAAGAUUAGGGGCAUCCAGGAACCCAUCAUGGAAGACAGCACUCCAGCACCAGACAAGACCAGCAACUCAGAGAUGAAGGACGCAAACACAGAGGGAAAGUCAGGCAGUCAGCAGUCCACAGAUGAACCCAAGUCUUCCCACUCUCCUGCUCAAUUAAAACUUCUAGCAGAUGAUCCACUGGUAGUAAAGAAAGCAUCAGAGCUCAUUGAAAUGCUAAAGGCACAAAGCAAGCCAAGUGGACCCAGAGAGUACUGUCAUCAGGUGGUCACUCCAGAAGUCAAUGCUGUGGCCAAGGAACUCAUCUCAACCCUCAUGGCCUUCCAGAAGCGCCACUACCAGCGUGACCCCACCAAGGCACGCAUAAGGAAGCGUUACGUGUGUGGCCUGAAGGAGACGACCAAGCUGAUGGGCAAGAUGAGCUGUGUCAUCAUGGCGCCAAACAUACAGCAGUGUGAAGGGCCAGGCUCACUGGAUGACGCUGUGGAGAAGCUGCUCAAUCAGGCAGAGAAACUGAAGGUGCCGGUGGUGUUUGCUCUGUCCACCAAGGAGAUGAAGUACCUGUGUCGCAAGAGCAGCAGGAAAGUGAGCUGUUUUGGCAUCAUCAACUACCAAGGGGCCCAGGACAUAUUCCAGCGCCUGAUGCAGCUCAUGCCAGAGGCACAGAAGCAGUACCAAGAGCUGGUGGCGAGUGGACAGUGCUCUCUGCCCAAGGAAGGGGAAGAUGAGGAUGAGGAGGAGGAAGAAGGGGAGCCACUAAAGAAAGAUUUGACGGCAGAAGUUGUGAAUCGUACUAAAUCCUUACUUAUGGCUCCCUGAAAUGCCUGGUCAUGGUGUGUAUGAUUAGUAUGAUUAGUUUAAGACCACGUACGCUGACUGAUCAUACAGGGAGCAUUUAUAUUCCAGUGUGCCAUUUGUAGAAGAUGCUGUGUGCCAUGCUCAUUCUUCACAAAAUAUUAAAUAAUUAAAUUUCUGCCUUAGCUAGUGUGUCAUAAUUUAUGUAUUUAGGUGCACUUGUGUAAAGUUAAGGAAUUAUAUUUUUCAGCCACAUCAACCAUUAAUCUUGUCAUGGAUUCAUAUUUGCCAAACAUACAGAGCAUUUUAGUCUUCAUUCCCAACUACACCGAUGAUUCACGUGACACCAAAAGGCAUCAAAGUCCAGGCAAAUCCAAGCAAUAAUGUAGAGUGACAAAAUUAAUUACGACCCUCUCGGACAGCAAUUCUUAACUUAAUUUUGCUGGAAAUAUGGUUUGGGAGGGGAUCUUUUAAAACCAAUCAUAAAAAAUCUGAAAAGACAAAUAUGAGCAAUACUAGACAAUGACAAUGAAUUAAAACCCUGUUACAGAGCAAUUUUUGUAGUUAAAGAAUCUUUUCCAUUUCUGAUUCUAUGCCAUUGUGAAUCUUGUCAGUGAAUUAUAACAAGGAAUCUCCAAGUUAAUUCUUCCUAACACAUUCCUUCAGUGAUUCAUUCCUGUGAUUCCUGAUGCCCUGCUCACCCAAAUCUGCCUCACUCCAGCCAGUGUUAAAAAUAUAUUGUAUCUGGGAUAUGUGUAUUCUGGAGUCUAAUCUAAUAUGCAUUUCUGCUGUGAUGUGUUUGCUACCUGUUUGAAAUUUGUGCCUCAUUCACUUUACAUAACUGCAUUCAUGUUUACAGUAAGUCAACAUGUGGGGAGAGUGAGGAUGUUACACAAGAUUAUGAUGAUGACAGUGAUGAUGAUGAGUAAGCAGUCUUGGAUAUUAUCACCUGACUCUACACUUUGAUAUUGGUGAUGAUGAUGAUGAUGAUGAUGAUGAUGAGUAACCAAACAGUCUCAGAUAUCAUCACCUGACACUACACUUUGAUAUUGGUGGUGAUAUGAUGAUGAUGAUGAUGAUGAUGAUGGUGGUGAUGAUGAGUAAACAGUCUCAGAUAUCACCACCUGACACUUAGAUGCAAAUAAGUACCUACGUGCCUGUUUCACUUUCCUUUAGUCACAUUCACCUGAAUUACCAGCACCUAAGGCCUGCAUUCGGAAACAUUUUGGCAUCUUAUCUUGACUACUUUUAACAUGCUGUGGUGGAUGUUAAUUAUGGCUUUCAAGGGUGUUUUCAUGUUUCUAGAGACAGUUUAGCAAGGAUUCUCUACCAGGACUCAGAUAAAACACCCACAGAACCCAAGUAAUCUUCUCUGUGGCCUUUGAAAGUUGUCGUGUUGAGAGAGCAAAGCGUUUGAGAAUACAGGUGUGUGCAGGAAGCCAACACAAUCUCACACUUUUGUCACCCAACUCAGUACAGUUUGCAUUUAGUUGAUAUUCAAAUAGAUAGAUCCAUUUAUGGGUAUGGAUUGGUAAUGUGUGAUAGUUAGGUUUAUUUUGUGCUUUAUUUUCCUUGUAUGCACCUGAAGUUUUCUGUGACAAUAAUUUACUUUAGCUUAACCCUUCCACUGGGACAUGAAAGAAUUAGCAGCACCAGAAGCAAUGUGUGAAGUCUUUACAAACAUCCACAAGAAAGUUAGCAAUGAAAAAGAAUACAUUUUGCAAUUUCUUUCCAGUUCAGAGAUUGGAUGUGGCUGUGAAGUCUCAGAGUGACUGGUAAUUAGGGAAAGGUGUACCAUGUGGCAGUCAAAGGGUUAAAAGUUGAACUGUACUCUAUAGGUUGGUAAUUUAAUGGAAUAGAUUACCUGUGGAAGUAUUCAUACUGACAAUAUGCUGUUAGAUAAAUGCAAUAUGCUAGUAGCUAACUAUGUACCUACUUUUAAAUUCAGCUACUUUGUGAUAUUCAAUGUUCUGUAUCAUGCAAUGCAAUAAUACAGACAACAGAACCUUGGCUAGUAGAAUUAUCACUAAGGCUUGUGUAUUGAAUGGAGAUGGGACCUGAUUUACUGCUGCCUCCCUUGAAAAUUCCCACUCACUUGUAUAUCUUGGUUUCAUGUUACAUGAGACACAGUUAUAACAAUGAAAACAGAUAAAAUAAGUAGCUAUAAAAUGAGGCCAGCUAUGUGUAAAUAAUGACACCUGAGAUAAUAUUUGCAGUGAUACCAGGUGAGAUAAGGGAUAAUAUAUGUUGUGCUUCUCUUACUUCAGUUCUUUCUACUCUUGUCUCAUAUUCUUCCUUCUUUUGUGUUUCAUCUCUGAUAUUUGCAGUGAAUAAUAUUUGUGUUAUGUUUCUCUUACUGCCCUCCUUCCUUUCUUCAUUCAUUCUUGUCUCAUAUUCUCCCUUCAUUCGUAUUUCAUCUCUUUAAUAUUUGCAGUGAAACCAAGUGAGAUAAAGAAUAAUAUUUGUCUUAUGUUUCUCUUCCUUCUUUCCUUUCUUCCUUCCACUUUUGUCUCAUAUUCUUCCCUUUGUGUUUCACCUCAGUGUUUCUUGAGUUACCAUGCUGUGAGACAAGCAGAGUAAAUAUUUUUUUUUACUACCAGGCGAUUGUGUUCCCUUCUGGAUGCAGUAUAGUGGUGUCUCCAGUGCUUGUACACAGAACUGUUUGUAAAUAUGAUGGGAUUUGUUAUAAUUUUGUAUUCUAUAUCAAUUUUAUAUCAAGGAAAGAUUAUUGUUAUUGUGUGUGUGUGUGUGUGUGUUUGUGUGUUUGUGUGAGAUGAGGGAAUAAAAUGUAUGAAGGUU